CACCAUACAUUGGCAUUUGAGCAGCAGGAUAGACAGGAGCAGGAGCUGGGGCAGGACAGGAGUAGGAGGGAGAUGAUAGCCACCAAAUCCUGGAGGAUAGACAGGGACAGGAGGAGGAAGAGGGGGGACCAGGAGGAAAAUAGCCAAAGCCUGGAGCAGGUGGGGGUGGUGGUGGGUGAUGAGCACGCCAUUGACGAUGCGCCUCAUGACGCUCAAUUGCAUUACAUACAAUAUGGGGAGCAUCUGGUGCUACAGGGGCAGGAUCAUUUUGCGGUAGACGUUGUGCAGGAGGCGAGCCAAGAUUACGUUGAUUUCUCUCGGCUUGACGCGCAGCAGACUGGGCUCGUUGAGGGGAAGUGGGUGGAGUUGAAGGAAGCCUAA